AUGUGUUCCAGCAUCUAUGAAAACUUGCCACGAGUCACUGGUCUCAGCGAUAAUGUCCUGGUCGCUGGUACAUCAAGAGAAGAGCACCUCCAGACAAUGCGUGCAACUUUCCAACGCGUUCGUGAACAUGAACAGCGAUACAACCUUUACGAGUGUUGUUUCGACAUGACUGAAGUCAGCUACUUUGGCCAUGUAAUAUUGGCUGAUGGAGUCAAACCAGACCCUAAGAAAAUAGUAGCCGUUGAAAAAAUGGCAAGCCCUGUUAAGAAACUGGAGCUACAGACCAUACUAGGUCAAGCAAGUAUCUCUAUUGAUUGCAUUAAAGGCGGAUAUUCUGGACAAAGUACAAAGUUAACCUGUAGAAUAACAGGUACUAUAGUCAUUGGAAUCACUUGGUUGCGACCAAAUGGUGGAUCACCACAGGAGGUGGUGGUAUGUAACACAGCAAACACGAUAUGUGAACCGUCUGGAGGUGUAACUGGUUACAGUGCUGUUAUUGACUCACGGACACAGGUUACUCUCACCAUAGAGUCUUUCAACAUGGCAGUAGAUGCUGGAGAGUGGAUUUGUCGUGAUGGACCAAGAGGUGUUCCUGCUACAUGUACCAAGACUACAUUAAGUGGUCCAGACUCUGUUACACUCAAUCCUUCACCACCUGCAUCUGUAGCAGAAGGAUUCAGUCUGAAUGUGAUGUGUGCUGCUACUGGUUGUAAACCAUUAUGUUCCUAUGCCUGGACUCUGGGAAAUCAGCAGAUCUCAUCAACCUCUCAGUUAAAACUGACAAACAUCAACAGGAGUCAGACAGGAAAUGUGUACACAUGUACAGCGACCAACUCACUUAUACCAAAAUCUAAAACUAAACAGUUCACACUAAUAGUGUACUCUGAUCAUGUCAUGGUCAGCAGCCCAAUCAAAACUAAAGACACUGUCUUCACAGACAGCACAUGA